AUGCAGCCGGAACUUCCCAACAGUCCAACUGUGGCACCCCAGCACGACCCAGAAGUCUCAGGCUCUGCCAUCACUAGUAGCAGCAGCGACAGUGAAGACACCGCACAGCAAAGCACUCUACUCAUGGACCAUGCCUACAGCAGCCAAGAGUCAAGCUAUGACCAGCUUGCCAAGAAAGUUGCUUGCCAAAAUAAUAUAAUAACUGAGCUAGCAGAAAAGGCUGAAGCUGCUUACGCGCAUGUUGAAGAGCUCAACCGCCAGCUAAAACGCUCUCAACAGGACCACGCUGAAGCAAAAAAGCUAUGUGACCGCCUUCAGCAGAAGAAUAGGUGCUUGCGGCUUGAGCUAUCCUGUAUGCAGAAGAAAGUCAAGAGGUGCAAGGCUGAAGCUACACAAAAGAUUGACAUCACGUAUGAAGCCCUUGUAGAAGAUGAAAAGAAGCUGCGGUACUACACUGGCUUUACAUCCAGAAAGUCCUUCGACAGUUUUUGGUCCCUACUUGAACCAGAUGCGAAAAAGCUGCGGUUCUGGCAGAUGAAGGAAACGGAGAACGAGGACCGGAACUUCAUCCUGCCUUUGAAGACACAGCUUGUGCUCGUCCUGAUGAGGCUACGGCUGGGCCUUGACGGCCUUGACCUUGCGUACAGGUUUGGCAUUUCUACGUCAACCGUUUUGAGGAUCUGGGUAACAUGGCUGGAUUUUUUGGACAACAGGCUUCGCCAGGUCCCAACUUGGAUGCCUCCCCACCUGUGCGACAAGUACAGGCCACAAGCUUUCACUGACAAGGGCUACACCACUGUUGACGGCAUCCUCGACUGCACCGAAAUUUUCAUCGAAACCCCCUCGUCAUUCCGUGUACAGAGUGAGACCUAUUCCUCGUACAAAAAGCACAAUACUGCAAAAGGGUUAGUUGUGUGCAGCCCGAACGGCUUUGUUAUGUUCGUGUCCGAUCUUUCUCCUGGGAGGCUGUCUGACAAGGCCCUAACAAAGGCUUCCGGUGUGUUGGAAAAGUUCUCACCAGGGCGAAGUUUGAUGGCUGAUAGGGGGUUCACCAUCGAAGAAGAGUGCAAGGAACUUUCACUGCACUUGAACAUUCCGCCAUUCAUGGAAGGACGGCCUCAACUGUCUGAAGCAGAUGAAACUGAGACAAGGCUUAUUGCCAGUGUGCGCAUACAUGUGGAAAGGGUCAUUCGGAGGAUAAAGACCUACAGAAUACUCUCACAGGUGUUUCCAAACAGCAUGUCUGGAGAACUGAACAAGGUGUGGCAUGUUUGCGCACGCUUGACAAACUUUGUGGGUGAGCCAUUGCUGUGA